AGUCAGAUAGAGAGAGAGAGAGAGAGAGAGAGAGAGAGAGAUAGGGAGAGAGAAAACUAGCGAGAAAAUCGAGAAAUGAGAAGAUUCUGAAGAAUGCUUGGAUUUCAGUGCUUUGAAAACAUCCACUGUGAUGUGAUUUUCUUCUCGGACAAGAAAAUCUCUUCCUCAUAAAAGAUUUUUUUGAGCUGAAAACAUGGUUGGACUUUCCUUGGUUCACCUUGAUCAUUAACGCAUAGGGAAAGACAGAGAAGACCAAAGAAAAAAAAGACAAAAAGACCAGCUCUUUCAGCUUUUACAGAAAUGUGCAGCAAUACCAGCCUUAGCAGCAGUGGUGGUGGUGGUGGUUGUGGUGACUAUAGUGGUGGCUGUGGUGGCUAUAGUGGUGGUUAUGGUGGUGAGAGUAUAUAUUCAAAGAAACCCAAGAGACAAAGAGUCCCAAAGAGAGGACCCGGAGUGGCAGAACUAGAGAAGAUCUUGAGAGAACAAGAGAAGAGACCUGAUUUAGACAAAGCCAAGAAUGAAGGAUUCUCUUUAGUUUCACUACCUCCAUGUUCUUAUCAGCCACAAUCUCCUCUUCUUCCAUCACCAAAUUCUUUACCUACACCUGUCCCCUCAUUUGCUCCAAAUCCAAACAAUUUUACUCCACCAACGACCACAACAUUUUACGCUAACAAUUCUGAUAGUAACCCACCAUCAGGAGGUGGUAGAAGUGGUGUUCAUAUCGCUGGAUCAGGUGUUGUUUUACCUGAACAUGCAUUAUUACCAACAAUGUGGAAUUCUUGUGAGCCUAAUGGAGAGAUUGGAGGUUCUAGAUCAGCUUCUGGGAUUCCACUUUCUAUCCCUUUAUCCAACGGAUGUAAUAAUCACUUUUUUCCUUCUCCUAGUUUGAUGCAAAGAAGCCAACACUCACCACCUUCAAUGAAAAAUCUUUUUCCACACCCUGUUGUGACAUCUUUAGCAACCUCAUCUUCUGCUGGACCUUGUCAUGGUAGAGAGCCCCCUUCAAACCAAACACGUCAUCACUAUACUAAUGCGUGGCCAGAGGAAGAUAAGGUUGGUGCAAAGAGAUCAAGGCCAUUCUCCAUAGAGAUGAUGAUCCCUCCGGUUCCUCCUUUCCGGUACCAAGCUCCUACAUUUUCACCUCAGAUGAACGGACUAGACUCGUCACUUUCAUGUGGUGGUCACAGCAUAAUCAAUCUUGAACCAUGUGACACAAUCUCAAGAGAGAUGAAGUCCGGAAGUUCUUCGGAGCCCAACAUAAGAAAAUGCAAAAGUACAGAUACUGGAGCAGACAAUGGCAAUUUCCUCUUGUUUGGCUCACCAACAACUCCAUCAAUUCAGAAUCAACGAGAACGGUCCAAAUUUAGUCUUUUCCCAUUUCAGGAAAACAAUGGGGACUCGCAGCAUAUGGCAGCACAAGGUGGAUCAGUUCAGAAUAAAACUUUCUAUAGCUUCUUACUUCCAAGUAAGCAAAUUGGUACGGUGGAAACAGACUUUGGCUUAAACAAUGAGAGGAUUGAAACGAGAGGAGAUGGCAUUGAUCUCAACCUCAGGCUCUAAGUGCAUGUGAAAAGCUUAUGAUACAAAAUGAAAAUUCUCAUUUUAAGGACUAUUUCUAUAGAUGGUUGAGAAGUUGGUCCUUGUAUACAAAUGUGUGCCUUCGAGUGGAUAUUUGGCUUUGGAUGUAAAGAAUAGAGAUAUGAGAGUUUCUUCUUUUGGCUGCUCUGGCUCAAGUAAAUUAUUGUAUGAAUUACUAUAUAUGAAUAUGUAUAAAGUUUCCCUUUGCAUUGGACAAACGUAAAACUAAAAGU